GGGGCCAUGCCCGGCCCGGCUGCCGUGCCCAGCGCCGCGGGACCGGCCCUUCCCGCGCCUGGCCGGGGCUCAUGCGGCUGCUGAGCCGCCCGCGCAGCCUCGAGGUUUGGAGCUGGUGCUGAGCGAUGGGCAGUGCCAGCCCCGGGCUGCCCCCCGGCCGCCUCGCCCGGACGGACGCCGUGCUGCUGCCUUCAGCCCCUGGCCCACGGGGCUGGGGCUGCCCAGAGAGCCCCAGCCCCCCUGGCACCCCUGAGCAGCCCCUGCCAGCUUUCUGCCUGCACUACUUCGACACGCUCUACUCAGAGGCCGUGCCCACGGGCACCAAGGGCACGGGGGAACCGUCCCAAGGCGCUGCCCAGGGCGGGCGAGGGCAGGCGCAGAAGGAGCCCGAGCAGUGUCCCGUCAUCGACAGCCAGGGCUUGGGCCAGGGGGCUGAGGGGGACCUGCAGGCCAGCCUGCACCUGGAGGAGCACUCCCUGGAGCAGGUGCAGAGCAUGGUGGUGGGAGAAGUGCUGAAGGACAUCGAGACAGCCUGCAAGCUCCUCAACAUUGCCUCAGACCCUGCAGACUGGAGCCCUGGCAACGUGCAGAAGUGGAUCCUGUGGACAGAGCACCAGUACAGGCUGCCCCAGAUUGGGAAGUCCUUCCAGGAGCUGUCAGGAAAGGACCUGUGUGCCAUGUCUGAGGAGCAGUUCUGCCAACGCUCACCCACCUGUGGGGACAUCCUGCAUGCCCACCUCGACAUCUGGAAGUCUGCCAUCUGGAUGAAGGAAAAAGCUGCCCCAGGAGAUGUCAGAUACUGUGCAGGGGGAGAUGCCAGCUGGGCAGACAGCGAGGUGGACUCAUCCUGUGCCAGCCAACCCAUCCACCUCUGGCAGUUCCUCAAAGAGCUGCUGCUGAAACCCCACAACUACGGGCGCUUCAUCCGCUGGCUCAACAAGGAGAAGGGCAUCUUCAAGAUCGAGGACUCUGCGCAGGUGGCGCGGCUCUGGGGCAUCCGCAAGAACCGCCCGGCCAUGAACUACGACAAGCUGAGCCGCUCCAUCCGCCAGUACUACAAGAAGGGCAUCAUCCGCAAGCCCGACGUCUCCCAGCGCCUCGUCUACCAGUUCGUGCAGCCGCCCUGAGCGCUGGGCACAGCCCCUGCAGCCCUGCCCAGCCAACGGGCUCAGGAGGGACGAGGAGCCCCCAGCCGAGCCCAGGGAAGGGCUGGCGGUGGGCACGUGGCUGGGGGCACCCGUGGAGGGGCUGCGGUGGGCAGAAGCUGUGCCCUCGGGACUCUUGAGCCCUGGCACGUUGUGUUUUCACCCACAGCCCCGAGGCUUUGGCAGGACACAGGGGCACGUCCCAGCAGAGCUGGGCAUCCCCACAGCCGUGCCUCGGGGCUGCUCUGGGGGAGCCACGCUCUCCUCUGGCCAGAUCCUGUCCCCGUGCCAGCACCAGCCUGGCUGUGGGCCUGGCUCCUCUUGGUGCCCAUCAGGGGUGAUCUGUGCACUGGGCUGAUCCCAGCUGGCAGCUCCUGUCCCUCACCCUGCUCAGGUCAAGGGGAGCGUGACGGGGGCUCUGCCCUCUGCUGCCUCUCAACACUCGGCUCUGCAGAAAGCAGCUGCCCCAGUCUCAGGCAUGGAGGGAGCUGCCUGAGCUUGUCGCUUCCUCUCUCCCUCUCAUGCACUAGCUGCAGGUGGCUUCACCCAACCCUUGCUCGGGCAGGACAAAGCCCAGGCUCGUGGGCAGGGGACAGUGGCACCCACAGGGACCAGAGCAGCCUGGCACCGCAGCUCCCAGGGAUGCUGCCUGCCACGGGGUGCCUGUGCCCUGAGGACCGUGGGCGCUCCCCCAGGACGGGCACAUCGUCUCCUUUGCUUUCCAUCCACUCCAGGACACUCAGCUUCUCCCUUCCACAGGGAUUCAGGGCUGCAAAUGAGUGUUUUGGAAAGGAAGCAGCUGCAUAAUGCAGAUGUGGGGCCGUGCACAGCAUCCCCCAUCCUUGGGCACAGCAUCCCCCAUCCUUGGGCACAGCAACACCCAGAACCCCCUAAAAUCCCCAGGCCCUUGGCCCUGGCACAGGUCUCCCUUUGAUUUGGGUUUUCUUUAGACCUCCUGAUUCCACAGUUUGGCACAAGGGACGUGGCAGCUUUGCUGGUUUUCCUCUGGACAAUGAAACACAACGUGCAGAGCCUGGCCUGGGACAGCAAGCUGGGGGUUGCUUCCCCUCUGCAUUUCACCAGGCUCUGACUUCCCCACAGAUGUUGAUCUUUUUAUAUUAUAAUCUCUUUUUGGUGGUUAUUUUAUUUGUUUAUUUGCUUUUUGGUUUAUGGCUGGCAGCACCUUGUGGUUUAGGUUCAAAUGAUGAGGGUAGACAGGUCCCCACCAGAUGCUUUGUGGGAGUUGCAAAAGGAAACAAACAAUGACCCCACCUGGUCCUUGGGCUUUUGUGUUUUCAACUUAAAAUAACAGCCUGUGACAGCUCCUGCCUUUUGCUUUUUGUUCUGCCUGUUUGCUCCUGUUGACACAGCACAGGAGCAGAAGCACUUUGGGCAGCCUCACAAGCAGAGUGGCUGCAGGGAGAAGAGGAGCAGGAGGAAGAAAACAACUGCCUUGACCUCUGGAAAAAGAAAGGGGGGGAUAGAAAUGGGGCAGGGGAAAAGCAGCAAGAUGUGUCCUGUGGUUUCUUGUGUGUGAGUGAGACUCUGGCAGCCAGCCUGGGAGCACCAGGACAGUGG